AUGAUGUUUCUUGAUUUACUGAUCUUCUCCACGGCCAACUCACAACGAUCAGCAAGCGACGCAGUGGCAACGGCAACCGUAACUGAGGGUGUGGAAGUAGCUGCGGCCGCGACAACAACAGAAACAACAACGACAAUAGCAAUUGGCAAAAUGACAACUGAGGGCAAACAAAGCGUGCAAACCGCAAACGAAUUACAACAAAAGCAGCAACUAAUUGUUGGCAACUCACCAACAACAGCAGGCAGCCACCAACAACAAGGAGCAAUGAGCGACAACAAAACUGCAAAGCAGCCAAGCGCCAAAACGGCAGUAAGCGACGGCGAACAGGGCAAUGCAACGCUGCGCUUUGUUGAUGACAAUAAAAGUCAAAGCGACAAGCACAAUGCCAGCAGCGUUGGGAGCAACAGCGGAAGUGCUUGUGGUGCCAGUAGGAAUACGGCAAUAAAUGAUAGUUGUUGUCGUUGUUGUUGGCCAAUUGUUAGCAGUUGCAGCGGCAGUGGCUGCGGUGGCCAAGGCAGCGAAGUGGCAAUGCAUCGCUGCACAAUGCCAGCAGAGCCGCCGAUAGAAGCACCAACAACAACAACAACCACAACAAUAGCAACGGCAUUUGAGCCGAUUGCAUGCAGCGCCGGGGAGAAAUGCGUCGAGGCUGAAAUUUCAAUGCACCCGGGGGACGCACGGGCAAUGCCAGGCGACAAAGCGGGAACGGCAGAUACAAAAGCUAUUAAUAACGCGACAGAAGCAACAAUAACAACGGCAGCAGUAGAGCCACUUGUAAAACGCUUGGCAUUAACAUGUCCACACAGUGCAACGGAAACGCCAGCGAGUACAGUGCACGAAACAGCCGCGUUAACAUUUGGGUGGUUGGAGGCGGCGCUGCCACGACAUAACGGUGGUAUGGAGAGUAAACACGACGCAACGCAGCGCACAGGUGGGAGAGCAGGAGCAUGCGCUGUGACGGCGCCAGCGACAUUGACAGCAACAAUGCCGCUGACGAGUGCGACUUAUGCUCUUACAACAACAACAGCAACAAGCAUACCAAAAACAACAACAAAAACAGCAACGACAAAUAUAAUAACAACAGUGCGCUCCGACACUGACCAGAACACAGCGAACGGCAAUGCUACCAACAGUCAUGACAGCCACACUCAGCAGGCGAGCUUCGACGAUGCCAGUGCCAGUGGCUGUGACAGCAGCAGCAGCAGCAUACAGCAAAGAGUCAGCGACUUGCUCGGGGCGGUAAGGGACGUGACGAAAUCAACUUCGUCAUCGAUCGAAACGAGCUCACCACAACGAGUAACGAUUACGUGCACGAAGGACUACGACAGUACGUGUGUGGCGCCAACGAAUGUAAUACUCCCCACUGCCAACGACACAUUCCAACAGGCUGAGGACGUGACAGCGGCAAGGAGCAGCGUCACGAAAUCCUUAACACAGCAACAAACCAUUAACCAAAGCGCAGGCCACAGCAGCGAGCGUAGCGACGACAGCGCCAGUAGGCGAACUAGUGAAAGCAGCUAUGAUGAAAGCAGUGUGGUGAAUGUGAAAGCACAUAGAAUAGUCAGCUUGGCCAGCGACGACAAGCACGACGAGGACAACGACAUACGAGUACGACGUGUGGCUGGAGCAGCAGCAGCUGAAAAAGCUGUAGCAGCUGAGAAGAAAUUUUCAUUAAAUUCGAGGAAAAAUUGGGAAAUUGUGAAAAAUUGCAAAUUAUUAAGCGUUGAGCAGACACUAAGCGCUUUAGUGUAUAACGGUAUUGUAGCGAAUUGUGAAAAUCUAUUGUGUAGUGAAUUUGAUGCCAAAGGCAGUGUUGAUAACAAAUAUUUAUGUAAUUUAAGUGAUUCGAAUGAGUGGUGUAUCUGUGAAGCGUAUUCGUUGAGGGGGGACCAACGACGACGAGGCUGCAGUGCGGCCAAACGAGCACCGGAGGAGGGUGGCGAGCAAAACGACGAAGACGACACAGCUACUGAGCGCAGCGCUAACGGUACCAGCGUCAGUACCAUAGGUAGUGGACGACGUAGUGGUGCCAAUGUCGAUACCAUAAAGGCCAUUCAUGAAAACAUUUCAGAAGUUAGAGAAAGCAACUUUUGUCUAAAACGGGCCCUAGUGGGCAAAAACUGUAGCACUUAUAAGAGGUGUGUAGAAGUGCUGGGUGACGAAAAUAAGACUGAAUUAAAGCCAAUUGUAAGCGCUAGAACAGUUAAGCACUCGAAUUUCAUUGAAGAAACAACAGCAGCGACAGCGACAGCUGAGGAGCCCGACUUCGUCGGCAGUGGAGGACGCCAUAGGACUUCGAAUACAGACAGGGUGGAUGAGGUUGAAAAUUUUGAGGAAUACUUUUCAUGCGAAUUGUCUACACUCGUUGCGAACAAGGCACAGCAACAAAAAGCGAAUGAGGAAUGCAAAGAAAGUGUGGUGAGUGUUAAUAAAAAAGAGCUUAGUGCAAGACAACCAGCGAAACAAGAACAAAGCCAACAAGAACAAAGCCUAGAAGAGAAACAAGCCAAAGCAAGUGUAGAUAAAAUUGAAAAGUGCCAGCGACAAAGCGUGAUUUGCGCAAAUCAAUCUAAACAAAUAUUUUGUCAGCGAAACACGAACAAAGGACACUGUCAGACACAGAGCAAGGCAGCAACCAGCAGCAAUAAUACCAACAACCAUAGUGGAAUAGGCACUGCUUACGAUUCAACGAAUACGCAACGAGCGCAACGAAUACAUAAUUCGCAACAGAACUUCAAAUUUAUCACUGCGAGCAGCGGCCGCGACCAGCGCCAUCAACAAAAGCCUCAACAGCCUCAACAGCCACAACAGCCUGAAUGCGCGGCGGCCAAUGUUGCGCUCAUUGAAUACGCCAACUACGGCAACACCAACAGCAACAACAACAACACCGACGACAACGAAUUAUUAGUAUAUAAAGUGAAUAAUGCGAGUGUACAUGCCUUACGGGGGCGGGGAAUAGCAGACGAAACCUUAGUGAGGCCACAGCUUACAAGUGGAAGUGCGCGGCACAGUGAGGUAGCGCCGUGCGACGGGAGAGCGCACAGCCACGAACAAUACGAACAGCAGACGCAGUCGAAGAAAUACCAACAGAAGUGGUCGAAGGCAGCGUCGGGCACGGAGCAGGCACAAGUAGCGCCAGAUUGCACCCAAAGCCGCUGUGAAGUUAUUAAUGAAAGCGGGACGGUCUACGCGACCACCAACAACCCUUCUGUGCACACCACUGUAAUUAGCAGCCCAAUUGGGGCAGCGACUGCGGGUGGUGAACCCCUACAAACGACGACGACGACGACGACGACGCACGACCAGAUAAGGCAGAGUUAUCACAAAGCAAGCGAAGAAAGCAAAAUAAGCGAUAAAAGUGGGGAGGUGCACGAAGCAGAGGCAGAGGCAGAGGUAUUAAGUGAAAAGUGUGAAGCGGAAAGAAAAAAACACACAGAGAACUUAUUUAAGUGUGCAAUUUUUGCAAGUGGGCGCAACACUAGCGACGCGGCACCAGAAAGUGCAAGUAAUGCACGAGAUAAGUGGCCAAAAGGACGCACCAACAACAACAACAACAGCAAUACCGACAACGACAACAGCACACAGCCAGGCGUUGAGGCACAAGUGGCUAAUGUUGCCAUAGAAGCCAGCGGAGCAAAGGAUGCGAAAGUGUUUAACGAGGCGAGAACGAUCAACACGCACUCAGCUUUCUUAGCUAAUCUGCCACUAAGCGAAAGUGCCACACAACGGCUGGGGUGCUGCUGCGACAAUUUAGUUCAAGUUGCCGCACAGCAAACUAUUGACGGCAAAGAAGAAACUACAACUCUGCAUAUUCCCUACGAGCAGGUUUGCUGCAGUGAAGAACAAAGGCAGGCAGUGGACGCGGAGCAAAUAUUUAGACUCGAAGCAGAAAAAUAUGGGGAACAUGCUGCUGUAAAGCCACCGCAAGCGAAUGCAAAGUUAAGUGAGGCAGAUAAAGUACUUGUGCAUAGACAAAACAUAGCCGAAGUUGGCGCCCCACACAACGUCAGCGAUAAAGCAUACGACGCCGAGACACAAAGUCACAAGGGAGCACACACACAGCACGCAUCCCCAUACCGGGGUAGCGAUGAGUUCGCAGCUAGUCAACGUUUGCAACGCUUGCAACAACAUUUUCGCGGAUUGAUAUGCGUGACACGCAAUCAUUUGAAAGACGAAACUCCGCACGAGUACGACGACGAGGCACAUACCAACGCAGUGACGGCAGGUGUGGACGAGCACACGAAAUUGCAGAGUAUACAAAACGGUGGUGACGCCGACUUAGACGACGACCACUACAAUAAGGACGACGAGGACGUGCACGAGGACGAACGUGCAGUUUGUGUAUCGCAACAAGCAGACAGCAACAACGAGUUGGUAGAAGCCUUGAAACGCCGCAGCGAAGGCAAACAAUUCGAAGGUAAGCACAAAGGCUUAUUGGGAGACGACGCGGCGGCGACGACAACGACGACGCCAACAACGCAGCAGUGCGCUGCCAGACAGGCGACGACGACGAGCGCACCGACGAAGGAAAUUCCAAAGAGCAACAACAAUAGCACAAGGCAAACAAACGCAAGCAAUGAAGCACUAGUGGCUGUGGCUACGACAGCAGCAAACGACGUUGCAAAUACAGCAAAAAUCAUAACAACAACACUUGCGGUUGGACAAAUUGCAGGUGGCACAAAGAAACGGUAUUGUGCUGGCGCAGUAAGGUCGCCAGUAAUUGUAGCGACAAACGGAGCAGUUGCAGCCAUUGAAAAGCCAAGUGCAAUCCAAUUAACAGCAACAGCAACGCAUUGCAACAACAGCACUGCUGGUGACGUUACGUUAGCAGACAACAACAAUAAUCAAGCGUAUAAAAAUAAUUGCAAUCAACACAAUAAUAUUGAGGAUAUUAGCAACACUUUUGAGCAUUACAGCAGCAACGAGUGCGCAGCAGCCACAGCGCACACACGCCAAGAGUGCAAAAAGAGCAACGAGCGAGUGGGAGAGCGGUCAGCAGCCGCGGUAGAGGAGACGGAAGUCGACCGAACAGCUGUAAUCGCCAGCAAGCAACGAGCAGGUGCACUUGACUCGCUGCUAGCGAAUAGUGUUGUUGCUGACAAACUAACGGCACACAAUACAACCCCAAUCGAGGUAAAAAUAACUGUCGCCGAGCGCGGAGCGGAGACGACGGCAGUAGUGCAGAAAGUAGUGGUUGCGGCGAGUAGCGAAACAGCCACCCCAACGCAGGCAACAAAUGCCUGUGAGGCGAAUGCCAACAGUGUUCUAACAACAACAACAAACAGUGAUGUGUUAGAAACAAACAAUAACAAAAAUCGCGUGUUAAUAGUUGAAAGCGCGUCGACACGCCAUAAACAAGCUGGCACAACAGAUGCCACGGAUAGCGGAGCGUCACGCGAAACUGCACUGACCAACGCAACCGCAACGACAACAACGACAACUGCUGCAACCAGUGCCAGUACAACAAUAACUGCGCCGAAAACUUUAACUAACUCGCAAUUGAGUGAGACGCCUUCGAACCCAACGAAAACCACAACAUUUACGAACGCGCCGCGCCAACCGUUAGUCCAGCAGCCGGUAGGCGAUUUGGAAGCGUCAAGCACCAGUACCACACCAGUUGCAGUAACACCCGCAAGAUCACGCACACCUACACCAUCACCACCACCACCACGUCCGCCACUACCGAAAGCGGCUUUGAGUUGUGGUCGGCUAAGCGCAUUCGUUGCCACAAAACCCACAAAUCAGCAGCAUUUUCCAGCGACACCAGGACCUCUUUUAUACAACAAUAACAACAGCAACGCUGACAAUACAAACACCACUGGUUACAACAACAACAACUUUGAAUAUUACCUACCAAGCGCCACUUAUCGGCCCAUAUACGCGCUGUAUCCGUUGGUGGGCCAUUCGACGUCCGAGUUUGAUGCGCGCCGUUUGAGUGAUAUCAUCGGUGGCGUUGGUUACGUAGCAACAACAGCAAUAGCAACAAGUACAUUGCCGCCAUUGCCCGUUGGUGUGGUGGACACAAAUCAAAAUCCGACUUUCGUGCGCAACACAAAUAAGUGUGAACUCAGUCGGAUCGGUGGCCAAGAUAGCGGCAGCGGCAACGGCGGCCACAUCACCAGCAGCUGUGUCAUACCGCCGUUGCGACCAAGCGCUGGCAACGUUUUUGCAAAUUCUGUCGAUUUCGAAUGUUACGACGAAUUAUUCGACGAGGUGUCGUCCAUCGGUAUUGACGACGCGACGGUUGUGCAGCCGAACGCCGUGGUCAUUGUGAGCGCGGACGUUGAUACGAAUUCGAUUUGUGAUUGUGUGAAUUGUGUGCGCGAGAAAAAUGAAAUUAAUUCACUAAAAACCAACAAUAAUACCAACAACUACAAAAACAACGAGGUUAGUGUAAAUAAUUUGUCAGUGAACAGUGAAAGCAAUUACGCUCGUUUAAACCAAAGUGAAGCGUGCGCGUCGGACGUGACAACGCGUACCGAGAUUUGUGCGAGCAAAGCUCAUUUAAGUGCAAUAACAAAACAAACAAAUCCAAACAACAACAAUAACAACAACCAAAACCAAAGUAAAUACCAAAGCUUUAACAUCGACACCAACAAAAUGCGUGAAGUUAACGGUCAGUUGCGCGGUCUGCUCAAAAAACCGAAUCGUCCGCCGCCGGCGCGCAAGAAUCGUGUCGUCUUCGACGAGACACGCAAUGAGUUUUUCGAGGCAGAUUAUAUUAUUUUAAUACGUGAGGAUUGCGCCUACGAUGAGGAGGACGAGGAGCCGUGCACAUGCGGCGAGCACGAAUUGGUGCGUCUGUGCUGUGAGGAGGGCUGUCAAUGCAAUUACUCGGCGGUGGGUGCCACCGUUGGCGGUGGUGGUAGUGGCGGUGUCACCGGACCUGGCGAUGAUACGCGCACGCCGCAGAGUCCCAAAUAUGCGCCACCCAUUGAGUUCGUUGACGAGGCCGCACUGAGUCCACCCGACGGCUACAAGGACAAUGGCUUGAAGAACACGCUCGGCGGCGCGCUAAGCGGACACAUCUUCGGCGCACAGCACAUUCAACAGCUGCAGGUCAUACAGCGAUUGCAGCAACAAAGGGCCGCCAUGUUGGCUGCGCGCAACAACAACCAGAUACCGCCACCGCCGCCGCCAGUCGGCAGCGCAACGCUCAGCCAGCAUCACCAACAUCAGCAGCAGCAAGCACAGCAGCAACAACAACAACAAAUAGCACAGCAAGCGCAACAACUGCACCAACAACAGCAGCAGCAGCAACACCAUCAGCAGACGCAACAACAUUCGCCUGACGACGACUCGCUUGGCGUUUGCACCGAGUGCGCCGAAUGUGCCGAGUGCGCGGCCAAGCAGCUCCAGGAUACAGAAUGCACUUCGCCACAAUGCCAAGAGGAGCUCACCCCACUCGGCGUGUCGGCCGUUGCACUGUUGCCAUUACACACCAGUUCACCCGAACGUCGCAUCACACAGAAAGAAAUCAUCGCCGGCGAAGAACGUCCCAAAUACGUUCUACAAUCGCAGUAUAAGCCAUCGCCAGUCAAAGAUAGAAAGGAUAAUCGUUUGAAUGCCAAGAAGAAUAAACGUUUUGUUGUUGAAACUAUUACCACUAUGACCACAGUAACGGAGCGGCGCAUCGUGCGUGAAGCCAGCGAGGAUGUAACGGGCGCCACGGAUCUCUUGCCACCAGCAUUACCGGCCAAACCCGGUGCUAUUGUGGCUGCCGCAGCCGGUCAGCCAAUGCCAGCACAACAACAGCAACAGCAGCAACCACAACCGGCGUCAGCUGUGGCCGGUGAGGUGUACGAUGAGGAGAAACCGCCACCCAUACCACCCAAGGAGUCGUCACCCACACAAAUUAGCGGCAUUCUGAAGGGCGGCAAAUUGUGGAAGCAGGACUCAAUGUCACAGUCGGAUGACCAAAACAAUACCACAUCGGAAGAUGAGGGCGGCACUACAAAGCGUUCGGUACGCUUCGUCACUGAAGAUUUGGCCGUUGACGGCGAGGGUCAGACAACUGGCGACGCCGCUGAAGGGGAGAAUCAGAUAAACGAACUCAUACCGAUCAAGAAACAUUCCACAUUAUUCAACAACGCAUUACGUCCCAAUUCCGCCGUACGCCAGUUGUUCCCAAGCGUCGCUCACCAAACACCGGUGCUGACUUCGGAAGCAUUACGCGCGUUCGACGAGUCCAAGCGUGCUGGUUGUUUGGUGCCAAAUCUGCCCGGCUGCGGUGAUACAGAUACCAUAAGACGUAGCAUUGAGCGUAAUAUAUUGCGACGGUCGUUGAUCAAGAAAAAAGCUGUCAAAUCCGAUAUUUCACUCGAAGAGCGCAUCAAACAAUUGACUUGUGACAUUGACGAAACGAAUGAGGAUAGCGCCGCGGAGAAUGGCGAUGAGGAGAGCUCAAAGCUGGCUGCGGAGGCCAAUUGUGAAUUGACACAUCGCGGCAGUCCCAUGGGAGAAGAGAAUCCACAGAAGUUUGCUAAUGGCAAUAGCGAUAAGAGUUUCUCACCCAGUUCGUCUGUGUCGAGCUCGUCAAGCGGUUCAUCGGCCUACAAAAAGAUUUCCGACAUUUUCAACCGCGACAAGAAACAAGACAAGAUACUGGAGAUGGAAGAGAAUCCAAUAGUCAUAAUACCUCAGGAAUGCCGUUGUCCGGCCGCACCCGAUCUUGGCAUGGGCAUACAAGUGCCCGUUGUCCACACCCAAAUACAUCGCACACCACCACGUCAAGUGGAGCCGAAGCGCCAAUUCCUCUCCACCCUGGCACCGCUGACCGCCUGUGUGGCUGGCAACAAAGACGACCUAUCUUCCUAUUAUACACUGGCGGCUGCUCAUCACAGCGGCCAUGCGGCUAACAAUGCACAAUUUGCCGAAUUCAAUUUAGCCGGCGCCAAUUUAUGUGAACAGGUCGGCGUGACACCAGCCGGUGGUGUUGGUGGUGGUCCCGAUGAGGUACGCAAGGUGGCACCCGACGUCAUUGCCGGCACACCGGGACAAGAGCAACAAGAUGAAUUGGCCGCAUUUGCACAGCAGGAAGCCAAUCGCACGGAAAAAAUUAAAAAGCGCUACACCAACGAGAACUCCAACAAUAGCUCCGAUGAUGACGAGCAAAAUGAUUAUGGCUUUAAUAAGCGCCCAUCAGUGCGUGGCAUCAAACCGAAAUUCAGCUCCACCAAUGAGAUUUUACAGCAGAUGCAGGAGCAAUUGAAUCAGCAGAUGCCCAGCGUCGCUGUGGGGCAGCCCAUUAACCAGGCAAUUAAGAGCUAUACGCUGCCAAAGCAGGCCUCAACCAGUUCCAUGACUAAGCAGAUCUCACAAAAUCCAUCACCACAAAAUGUGCCACAUCCUGCAAAUGUUGUACAACAACAGCAACAACAACAACAACAGCAAAAUCAUCAGCAACAACAAGCACAGCAACCACAACCGCCUUCCCAGGUGAUGGUGGGCCAGCAACAGCAGCAGCAGGCGCAACAACAACAACAGCAACAGCAGCAGCAAACACAAGCCGUUCAAAUGCAGGCCAACACAAUCGCCCAACAACAAACCGAACAACGCACUUGGAGCUUCUACACAGAAGGCGGUGCUGGCGAGCAGCAACGUUUGCCCAUCGAAGGCGCCGGCAUGCAGCAGGCCUACUACCAGACACUACCAGGCGGCGCCAUGUUCCGCCAAACGAUUAUGCAACAAGGUCAGGACGAAGCGGCCAUGAUGUAUGCGGCGCAAAAUUGCCAAAGUGUCACCGCCAUCGAACAACAACACUACGGCCACUAUGCACGCAGUCCGACACGACGGCCAGAGUCACCGCCACCGCUGCGUAAUUACCAUCAAACAAUGGUGUUGAUACCGUACAACGCACAGACGUACUCACAAUUUGCCGCCAGCAAUAUGGACCCGAAGAUGGCGCACAUACAACGCCAAAAUAUACUGGAAUAUCAACAGGUGACCCAGCAGACCAUACGCGUACCCAUCGGCUAUGCGCUGCCCGGCAUGCAACUGCACGUGAUGGCCGGACGCGGUCAUGCCGCACACUACGCGCAACACGCGCAGCAAGCGGUAGGCGUUGAGGCUGCCACAGCCGCAGCAGCAGCAGCUGCUGCCGCCCAUCAACCGCAUCAACAUCCGCAUCCACCGCAUCCGCGCAUCAUGGCGCAGCGCUAUCAGUUCGCGCAGGAGGGCAACAUACCCGGUUUCAGUGAGCGCGGCGUGCCGGAGGGCGCGGCAGCGGUGUCGCAUACCGAUUGCCACAGCAUGGUCUCACCAACCGCUAGUCAGGCAACAAGUGUGCAACAACAAAUGCAACAACAACUGCAACAGCAGCAGCAACUGCAACAGCAACAACAAUUACAACAGCAGUUGCACCAGCAGCAGCAGCAGCAGCAACAACAACAGCAACCAGCACCACCGAAUGCGGUACAGCAACAGCAAACUGCCGCAGCCGCAGCCGCCGCCGCUCAAGGUUCCGUCUAUUAUGCAAUGAAUGUAUGACCCGCGGCCGAUUAGUCGGCGCCAACGGCGGCGGUCAUUGUGGAGCGCCGUCAGUGUCAACGCGUCGAAAUGUCGUCGGUACAGCUGAGCACACGGUAAACUGCAAUGGCGGGUGAUGGGUAAUUAUAAUAACGGUAAAAGUACGGGUAAUUUGUGGCGCACACACAAACACACACACAUUCAUAUGCAUGCAUUAUGCAUUGUUGUGUGUUGUGUUGUGUUUGUAAGUGCAUACAAAAUGCAGCGCGUUGAGGUUAUGUAUCUUAGCACGAAAGCAUGCAUGUAAACAACAACAACAGCAACGAGGGAAUUUAAUUAGAAAUGAUUUAGUGUUAUUAGUCAUAGUGAAGUGAACAUUGAACAUUUAUGAAUGGAUUACAUCAUUAUAUGUAUGUACUGGUUUAUACAUAUGUAUGUCUGCAUAUAUGUACUUACUUUAAAUUUUAAAUAUACAUAUGUAUGUAUAAUCUAUGUAACGGCGGUACUGGCCAGCGGUUGAACGUGUCAUAUUCCAUUAGAAAUGAAAGCUUCCAUUUAAUUGCAAAUUGAUGAUAGCAAUUUUUAGAAGUAGUCAAUAGCAGCAUGUUUUUGAAAUGCUAAAACUGAAAAAGAACACUGUGCAACAACAUUUUUAAUUUUCAGUAGUUACUAAUUUUUUUCUUGUAUACUGAACUAAUGCAACAGUCGAGCAGAGUUAGUAAGGAUUUGUGUAGCCUGCAUAGAGUAUAUUAAGUUUGUCACGAAUUCGGUGACACCCGUCGCGGACUCUAUAAAGUAUAUAUAAAUGAUCAGUGUGGCGAACUGAGUCGAUUUUCGUCUUUCUGUAUAUGACUGACUUGGACCUUUACUUUUUAAGACAUCGAACUAAAAUUUUGUGCACGUCCUUUUCUCUCAAAGAAGCUGAUCGUUUGGUGGAGCCGCCGAUAUUGGACCACUAAAGCAUAUAGCUACCGCACAAACUGACCGUUCAAAGUCACGUUUUUUCUUGAAAAUUUUUUUAUUUCAAAAGAUAUCUUCGCGAAAUUUAGCAAGAAUGUGUUGCUCAAAACAAGUCUAACAUCUUCGAACAUAAUGUUCAAAUCGGAUCACUACUCGGAUUGCAUAUAUAAAAGCCUAACCAUGCUCAAAAGCAAGGUCUGAAGGCUAUUCCCAUCAAAAUCGUGUAAAUUUUCACUUUUCCGACGUUAUAGAGCGAUUUCGUCGAGAGAAUUUUGUUUUCGGAUUACGAUUUUAUGGAAAUGUUUACAGAGGUUCGCUUUCGAAGCGAGCUUGCUGUUAAGCCGGCACUUUUUCAACAUUGCAAAGCGAUUACGUAGAGAAAAUUUUAUUUUAGGAUCACUUUUCCAACAUUAUCAAGCGAUUUCGUCGAGAGAAUUUUGUUUUCGGAACACGACUUCUUGUAAAUGUUUACAGAGGUUCGUUUCCGAACAACGCUUGCUGUUAACCCGGCACUUUUCAAACAUUAUAAACCGAUUUCGUAGAGAAAAUUUGGUUUUUAGAACACGAUUUCAUGUAAAUGUUU